AUGAAUUCAACUUUGGAACCUUCAACAUGGGGAUUUAAUGUAUUUUAUGGAAUGUCUAUUGUAACUCUUCCAUUGUAUUUUAUUAUUUUAGUUUGUCUUGUACGUCUUCGGCAGGUUUCAAAAAGUUAUAGAACAACAUUUUAUUCAUUGUUAUUGCAACAUUGUAUUGCCGAUAUAAUCUCAAUGCUUGGGUACAUUGCACUCACUCCUGCCCGUGAAAUAUCUGUAAUUAGACAAUUUUAUUUUGACUAUCAGGAAUAUUACAUUGCUGCCGCAACGUAUAACAUUAUAUAUGUCUCACUCUACAUUCGUUGCAUUGGAAUUUUGCUUUUAUCUCUUCAAAGAUAUUUUGUUAUCACCUCUCCACAUUCAAAUUUAACAAUUAAAAUCCAAACAUCUGCGAGCUGGAAAGUUGUCCUUGUGUACUGGAUUUUACCACUUUUGUUGAGUGUUAUAGUGCUGAAAGACAGUGAUAUGUACUUCAAUGACGUGGUUGAUAUGAACGUGAUCAUUGAAAAAUCUAUCACACAGAGAAACACAACAAUGGCUUUGCUUGUUGUGUCAUUUGUUUGUAUUAUAAGCUCUUUUGCAUACGGAGCCUUAUUUUUCUUUAUUCGAAAAAACACUCGUAUUUUAUCCAGAAGCCUUCGUAGAGAAGUUCGUCUCGCGUUUCAAGUUUUUGUUCUGCUUUUCGCAUUCUUUGCUAUUCUAAUUUUCUAUGCAAUUCUUAAUUAUUGUUCAAGAGCUCAAAUGACCGCUGAAAUGUUCUAUCUACGUACGAUUUAUCCAAUGUUAAGCGGAUUUUUAUCGUAUAUGAACCCAUAUUGUAUUCUCCUUUUGAAUCAUGAUCUUGCUCGACAAGUCGUCAAGUCUGUUAGUUGUAAAGAAUACGAAAAUAGCGAAGUUCAAGUUUCCGGAAUUUUGUCAAAUUCUACAAAACAGCAGUUACCAACAACUGCACGACCGAGUAGAAUUUCUAAUGAAAACAGACGGACUGUGAUUAAUUAA